AUGUACCCGCCGGGCUCCACCUGGAAUAUCUCCUUCGCCGGCUGCGGAUUCCUCGGGAUCUACCACGUCGGUGUGGCCAGCUGCCUUCGAGAGCAUGCCCCCUUCUUGGUGGCGAAUGCCAAAAACAUUUAUGGCGCUUCGGCCGGAGCCCUGACGGCUACAGCCCUGGUUACGGAUGCCUGCCUAGGUGAUGCUGGAGCAAAUAUCAUCCAUGUUUCCAAAGAGGCCCGGAAGAGGUUUCUUGGCCCUUUACACCCAUCCUUCAACCUGGUGAAAAUCAUCCGUGCCUGCUUAUAUAAAACUUUAUCAAGCAAUGCACAUGAGUUGGCCAACGGACGUUUGGGCAUUUCAUUAACCCGAGUUUCGGAUGGAGAAAAUGUCAUAUUAUCUGAGUUCAACUCCAAAGAAGAGCUUGUCCAGGCAUGUGUCUGCAGCACUUUCAUUCCAGUAUACUGUGGCCUGAUCCCUCCAAGUCUUCAAGGAGUGAGAUAUGUUGAUGGAGGGAUUUCUGACAACCUGCCUCAAUAUGAGUUGAAGAAUACCAUCACUGUAUCCCCUUUCUCUGGGGAGAGUGAUAUUUGUCCACGGGAUAGUUCCACCAACAUUCAUGAACUCAGAAUCACCAAUACCAGCAUUCAGUUCAAUCUGCGCAACUUGUACCGCCUUUCAAAAGCCCUGUUUCCUCCAGAGCCCCAGGUUCUCCAGGAAAUGUGCAAGCAGGGCUACAGGGACGCCCUUCACUUUUUGAAGAAGAAUGGUCUCCUCCAAAGACCUCCUCUCCCUCUGCUAGCCAUUAGCUAUCAUGCUGAAGAAGGGGACUCCGAGAAAGAAAAGGAUGAGGAUGAUCAGCUGGAAGAAAAUGUUGAACUGGCAGAGGCUGAAGAACACAUCCUGGAACACUUGCCUCCUAAACUGAACCAAGCACUUUUGGAAGCCUGUACUGAGAGGAGGGGAUUAUUCACUUGCAUUGCCAAUCUUCUACCUGUGCGUCUGGCCUCUACUUUGAUGCUACCAUAUACUCUUCCUCUAGAGUCUGCUCUCUCCUUUACAGUCAGGCUGCUUGAAUGGCUGCCAGAUGUUCCAGAGGACAUCAGGUGGAUGAAAGAACAGACACGGAAAGUCUGUCAUUAUUUCAUGAGAAAAGCCAAGAAAAAGCUAGGAAGCCACCUUUCAGCCAGGCUGUACUACCAUCUCGAACUCCGAAAAACACAGAGUUUGGCCGUCCCUUUGGGCACUGCUUAUGGGGAAGCAUUGCCAAAAUGGCUAAGGAACAGUCUCUCGCUAACAGACGUUAUGACAAAAUGGGAAGAAUACCAGCGCCAGCUGAUGCUAGGGCUGUUCUGCAUCAACGUGGACCUGCAGGCCUCCAUCUUCCCAUCAGACGGGCUGCAGAUGAGGCACCCACCGGCAAACUGCACAGAAGAGAGCCUUCAGCUCUUUUAAUACAAUCA